AUGCUCUCCGCCGGAGAACGACCCCAGCCUCCUCACGCUCCCACCAUAGUAGAUUCCGCCGUGAGCAAGACGCGUAUCAUGCCGGACCUCGCCAAUGGAACCAACGGAGUAACAACCUCCACACUCUCCACACCCUCCAAACCCGCGCAAAUGCAACAUAUCUGGGUCGUGACCGGUCCAGCAGGAUGCGGAAAGAGCACCGUCGGCAACGUCCUACGCACCGAGCUCGACAUCCCAUUCCUAGAAGGCGACGAUUACCACCCAGUGGCAAACAAAGAAAAAAUGGGCAAAGGCAUACCACUCACAGACGAAGACCGCUGGGACUGGCUGAUCUCCCUGCGCCAGGCAGCAAUCGAUGCGCUCUCCCCCUCGGAACCCAACAAAUUCCACCCACCCGCCGGCGUGGUGGUAGCUUGCUCUGCGCUGAAGCAGAAGUACCGGGAUGUGAUGCGCGUCGCUGCGUACGGCUCGCCCUCGGUGCAGAUCCACUUCGUCUACCUCAAGCUCAAUGAAGAUGUGCUCAUGCACCGUGUCACACAGCGCGAAUCACACUACAUGAAGAGCGGCAUGGUGCACUCGCAGCUUGCGGCGCUUGAGGAGCCUAAGGGCGAGUGGGAUGCUAUUACUAUCAAUGUUGAGGGUACCAUGGAGGAGGUGCAGCGGAAUGUUAUUGAUGCUGUUACUGAUAAACUUGCUGAGUAUAAGUGA